CGCUUACUGCACCCUUCGCGAUGGCGAGUGGGAAAUAGAGACGUACUCAGUCGGUGCUCGUUAACCUGCGAUGUCGAGUUGAUUUUUAAUCCCGAUCAUCGCUCGCAGCACCUUUUUAAAAAAAAACGGAUCAGAGCGCUGAAUAAUGGCCAGCAAAGUAUGGCACUCAGAAUUGUGGAAGUCAUGGGAUAAACAUGGAAGAAACGAUUUCCUCAAGCUAAUCAAGCACAAAUUUAAGGAAGGCAACACACCAGAAUGGAGACGUGGAAUAUACGAAUUAAUAUCAAACGGAAUCCAUGGGAACAUAAAAAAGGACAGUGUAGUCCAGACAUUAGGUGAACUUACGAAUUUGGAUGGUGCAAUACCAUCUGCAAUAGUAGACAUAUUAACCUUAUUUGAUGCAGAAGCACACAAUGAGGAACGGAACAAUUUUUAUUAUAUCGUGAAAGAAAGUGAAAAGUUUUUAACUGACAGAAUAUUGAAAGAACGUUUAGAAAUCGAGACUUUGCAAGAUGUAGGAACACUGAAAAACAAAAAUUUUCAAACCAAGUUCAUAAAAGUGAAAACGAAAUUAUAUUAUAAGCAAAGGAAGUUCAAUUUAUUUCGCGAAGAGAGCGAGGGUUAUUCCAAACUGAUUGUAGAGUUAAAUCAAGAGCGUCAAGACAGCGAGGUGGCUUCAACACUGGAAAUUGUCAAGUCACUUAUUGGAUAUUUCAAUCUUGAUCCUAAUAGAGUCCUCGACAUCUUACUAGAAACCUUUGAAAAUCGACCACAGGACGAUGCUCUGUUUAUUCCCUUAAUACGCUCGUAUAUGAGCGAUCAGCAGGUACUCUGCGAGGUAUUAGGAUUCAAGUAUUGCUCCACCAUCAACGCCACGCCGUUCUCGCUGCAAAAGGUCACCGCGCUUAUGCUACAGUAUGGCGUGAUCCAACUGGACGACAUAUUACCCUGGCUGGUGCCAGACGACAAAACCAUCAUAUCGGAUCACGAGCUGGCGAUGAAACAAGCCAAGGAGUAUGUGCGAAAAAUGAGCGUGAUCUCGACGAAAGAUAAGGAGGAGACUGUGGAGGAGAAGGACAAUUCACAAGAAAAAUACGCGAGCAAUCAAAAGUUUGGUCUGUGCGAAGCCCUCCUGGAAGUCGGGGCUUGGGAGGUGGCUCAAAGUUUAUUCAGCCGCUUACCGGACUAUUGUCUCACCGAUCAGCGCCCCAUAGCUUUAACACUCUGCAAAAUGAUACAGGCCCUUAUCGAGCCCGUGUAUAGAAAGAACUGCAUCGUCUCACCGAAAUUGCCAGGCCGUAAAGUGCCUCCCCUGAAGAGCGCCCUCGCGCCGACACCGAUACAAAACCUGGACGACAUUCACGAUCACCUGCUGCCAAUGCUGAUCGUCCUCGGGCCGAACCUGCAUCAUGAUCCUAUUCUGAUGUACAAAGUGAUGAGGCUGUGCAACGCCGCCCUCAAGCCGCUCGACGAGAAUAACCAGCCGUUGAACAAGAACAACAGACUAUAUUACGACGUGCUGACCAUAUUCGACGUCGCACUACUGCCCUCUCUCUCUUUCAUGGACUGCAACUGUUGCGUGGCCGAGGAGCUGUGGAACAUCCUCAAGUGCUACCCUUACCAGAAUCGUUACUGCCUGUACGCGCGCUGGAAAAACGAGACGCCGUUGCAACACGCCGCUCUCUUGCGGAAACGCGCGGACGCUCAGAAGAAGAUCAAGUCGAUCAUGAAGCGAGUGAGCAAGGAGACGAUCAAGCCGGUCGGCCGUUCCAUCGGCAAGCUCACUCAUUCCUCGCCGGGCGUGCUAUUUGAUUACGUCCUCGUGCAGAUCCAGUUGUAUGACAACCUCAUAGGACCUGUGGUGGAUUCUUUAAAAUACUUGACGAAUAUUUCGUAUGACGUAUUAGGAUACUGCCUUGUAGAGGCAUUAGCAAGUGCUGAUCGAGAUAGAUUUAAACACGACGGCACCAGUAUAUCUUUGUGGCUGCAAUCUUUAGCUUCCUUUUGCGGAGCGAUAUUCAAGAAAUAUAAUAUCGAACUUAAGGGGUUAUUACAGUACGUAGCGAAUCAACUUAAGGCUCAAAAGAGCUUAGAUCUACUAAUAUUAAAAGAGAUAGUACAAAAAAUGGCUGGGAUUGAAGCAGCUGAAGAAAUGACGUCUGAUCAAUUAGAUGCAAUGGCAGGUGGGGAUUUAUUGAAGAACGAGGCCGGUUACUUCAGCCAGGUCCGCAACACGAAGAAAUCUUCGAUGCGUUUGAAGGAUGCUCUCGCCGAGCAUGAUCUCGCAGUCGCUUUAUGCCUGUUAAUGGCUCAACAGAAACAUUGUGUUGUCUACAGAGAGACCGACAAAUCUCACCUCAAGCUUGUUGGUAAACUGUACGACCAGUGCCAAGACACGCUGGUGCAAUUCGGAACGUUUUUGGGAUCUACUAUGACUGUGGACGAGUAUGUGAGACGACUACCCUCGAUUCACUCUAUGCUCCAGGACAAUCAUAUACACUCGGAUGUCGCAUUUUUCCUGGCGAGACCGAUGUUCGCACACGCCAUAAAUACAAAGUACGACUCUCUUCGUAAAGCCGAUCCUAAUUACAAGAAAAUGUCCACGGCCAUGAAGCAAUUGAAGUAUGCAGAGGCCGCGCAGGCCGUUAUGGCACCUGUCGCUCAAUCAGUAAGACCGUUGCACCCCCUGAAAGUGUGGGAGGACAUAUCGCCGCAAUUCUUGGUCACAUUUUGGUCCUUGUCGAUGUACGAUCUGUACGUGCCGGUUGAAAGUUAUCAGAGGGAAAUUGGCAAAUUGAAGCAAUUAUCGACUCAAACCACCGAUUCCAAAGAUUUGAACGUGAGUAAAGGGAAGAAGGAGCAAGAGAGGUACACCACUCUUAUCGAGAAACUACAAGAGGAAAAGAGGAAACAAGAAGAGCACGUUGAGAAAGUCUUCGCGUAUCUGAGACAGGAAAAGGACACAUGGUUCUUGUCGCGAAGCGCCAAAUCUGCAAAGAACGAGACGAUAACACAGUUUCUACAGUUAUGCCUAUUCCCAAGAUGUACAUUCACGACUGUGGACGCCAUGUACUGUGCGAAAUUUGUACAUACCAUCCACUCCCUGAAGACUGCGAACUUUUCAACCUUGCUUUGCUACGAUCGUCUUUUCUGUGAUAUUACAUAUUCAGUCACCUCGUGCACAGAGAACGAAGCGAAUCGAUAUGGCAGAUUUUUGUGCGCCAUGUUGGAGACUGUGAUGAGGUGGCAUUCCGAGAAAGCCAUAUUCGAUAAGGAAUGCAGUAAUUAUCCGGGAUUCGUGACAAAGUUCCGCGUGAGCAAUCAAUUUUCUGAAGCGAAUGACAUGGUCGGGUUUGAAAAUUACAGACAUGUGUGUCACAAGUGGCAUUACAAAAUCACAAAGGCCAUUGUAGUAUGCCUCGAUUCAAAGGAUUACGUGCAGAUCAGGAAUUCAUUAAUAAUAUUGAUUAAGAUAUUGCCGCACUUUCCUGUCUUGGCCAAACUUUCUCAGAUCUUGGAACGAAAGGUAGAGAAGGUGAGAGAGGAAGAACGUGGCCAGCGUCAGGAUCUGCACGUCCUAGCUACGUCGUACAGUGGGCAAUUGAAGGCCAAAACUCCCAGUAUGAUACGCGAGUCAGAUUUUCAUCACGUGGGCGACAAGGCCGGAAAGACACAAGACACUGCAAAUAACGAUACAAACGAAAAAGUCAGUAACGGAAUGGCGGUCAAAGAGAUCAAUAACGGAGAUAACCGGCCGGAGAAAGAAAAUAAAGAGCAACGAGAAAAGCGGAAUUCAUCUAACCCAACACAUCAUGAAAACACCGAGAAGCUCAGAAAGAAAGAAGAUAACAAAGACGUUUCAGAAGUGAAGGAGAAAUAUAUAAAAAAAGAAGAAGUGAAAGAGGAUGAGGGAUUGGAUAAGAAGGAACGCAAAUACUACAAGGAAGAGCACUAUUACAGCAGUGGUGUAGACAAUUUAGAUCGAGAUCUUUCUAGUGUGUCAAACAGUAGUGCCAGUUCGGGACCGACACAAGAAGGACUUGAGAGAGAUGCAAAAAGAAGAAAAGUGGAGAGCACUCCAAAGCAGGAAGUAAGACGCGUGGAAGCUGUCCUUGACAAGAAAGAACGCUCCAGCAAAGGGAAAACGCGUGACGAACAGAAAGAGCUCCGCAGGGAAAAGAAACAGGGACGAAAAAGAGAUCGGACAGAAGAAACCGUGACGACUACCGAGCAAAAACGAAGAAAGGAUGAUGAAAGAGCCAAAGGGACACAUCAGAACGGCGACAUUCCUGAGCACAGAGAGAAACAUCAUUAUAGUAAGGAAAAGUCUCCAUACGCAAAGGAUCGUCCUCAUGAACGCGAAGGCCGCGAGAGCCGUGAUAAACACAGGAGGAGUUCAGACCCGAAACGGAGAUGAUGUACAACAACGGAGAAGACCUCGACUUAACAUUUUCUAUGCUAUGUUUGGUGUUGCAUGUAAUGAUCGUAGAAUUCGAAAUAAAGCAAGAAGAAAUAGUGGAUA